CUGCCUCACCUUAGCAAAGCUGUCUGCCGGUGGCUGUGCUUUCUUGCAAACAGAUUUGUGCAACAAUGGCUACCAACAGCAGUGCAGAAAUCCCAUAUUCCCUGCAAGACAGCAUUGUUAAAGCCCUGAAGCCCCAGAAGAUCAAGUUCAUGUGGAGAGUUCAGCAGAACCACUCGAGGGCAAAGGCUGACGAGAGGAUUCUGGUGAUGACACUAUGGAGGGCAUACGUCUUCCACAACAGGCUGCCUGCCAAGGUGGAGAGCUCUUUCAGCUACUUGGAGAUAUACGCCAUCACCAUUGGAAACUUCAACCAGGCCGCCAUCGAGACGGACAGGCUGUGCUACUCCCUCACCCUGAUGUCGCUGGAGGAGCUGGAGCACAUGGUCAGUCAUAUCACUGCCUCGCUCAAGAAGAUCUUCCCGGACUCCUCCCCAGGGAAGCUGCUGAAGAAGACGCCUCCAGACUUGCAGGACAGAUUCAAGAGGCUGACAACUGCAGUGGAAGAGCACAUGAAUGGAAGACAGGGGCCAUGUGGAGGUUUUUCAGAAACUUACGCAGCCCUGUGUGACUUCAAUGAGUUCCCCUGCCGAGAGGAGAUCCAGUGGGAUGUGGACAACAUCUACCAUGUCCAGAGCUGCCGGGAGUUCAACCUGCUGGACUUCAGCCACCUAGACAGCAGAGAUGUUGCCCUGGCUGUGGCAGCCUUGUCCUUCAAUCAGUGGUUCACCAAGCUCUACAGCAAGGACUUCAGACUGAGCCCCGAGGUGCUGGAACAGGUGCUCUACAUGAUCAACCGUUCGCCCAAGCUGGAAGAGGUGUGCCUGGAGAACAGCGGGCUGAAGCCGGACUUCGCGCCGAAGAUGGCGUGUGCCCUCAGAGACCACUCCUGUUCGGCUCUGCACACCAUUAAUCUGUCGGCCAAUCAGAUCGAGGACAAAGGUGUGGUAGCUCUCAGCCAGGAGCUGGAGAAGCUGCCCAGUGGGCUGACGCAGCUGUCCCUCUCCAGAAUAUCCCUCUCGCCCAAAGGUGUGGGCAGCCUGGCCCAGGCCUUCCUGCUGAACCAGUCCUUCUCCAGCUCCCUGCGCCACCUCGACCUCUCCAACAACGCAGGGCUCUUAGCCACUGAGGAGGCCACGAACCUGUUUAACUUCCUAUCCUGCAGCAACGCAGUGUCUCACCUGGACCUGAGUGGGACUGACUGCCCUCUGGACACUCUCUUUGUAUCACUGUCAGCUGGCUGCUGUUCCAAGCUUACCUAUCUCAACCUGUCCAGAAACAUCUUUUCACACAGGAAGGUGAAGGAAAUAACUCGCAGUGUGAAGGACUUCUUCAGCCAGUGUGCGUUGCUCAAAUACGUCGGCCUUUCAGGUACCAGGCUGCCUGCUGAGGCUCUGAGGUUACUGCUGCAGGGUCUGGCCACCAACGCACAGCUGUCAGGCCUGGAGCUGGACCUCAGCAACUGUGAGCUCAGGUCCGCAGGUGCCCAGGUUAUUCAAGAGCACAUCUUCGAAGCCAGGGCCAUCGGGAGUCUGGACCUCUCAGACAACGGCUUCGACAGCGACAUGGUGACCCUGGUGCUGUCCAUCGGCCAUAGCCAGUCCAUCCGCCACCUCGCCCUGGGCAAGAACUUCACCAUGAAGUCCAGGGCAUUGACUGAUGUCCUGCACAGGAUCGUGCAGCUCAUCCAGGAGGAAGAGUGUCCUCUGGAAUCGCUGUCAGUGGCCGACUCCAAGCUGAAGACCGGCACCACCGUGCUGAUCAACGCCCUGGGCAGCAACACCAGCCUCACCAAGAUCGACAUCAGUGGCAACCUCAUUGGAGACACUGGGGCCAAGAUGCUGGCCAAGGCUCUGCAGAUUAACACCAAGCUCAGAACACUAAUCUGGGACAAGAACAACGUCACGGCCAGCGGAUUCCUGGAUGUGGCGAAUGCAAUGGAAAAGAACUACACCCUACACUCCAUGGCCAUUCCCAUGAGUGAUGUGUCCCAGGCCUACCGCAGCAGCCCGGAGAAGACAGAGGAGGCCUUGCAGAAGAUCCAGUCUUGCCUGGUCAGGAACAGCCAGCGCCAGGCCUUUGUUUCAGACCAGGUGUUCCGGCUGCAGCAGGGGAUUAUAACCAGCACCUCAGAACAGCUGGUGCAGCGCCUGUGUCUGAAAGUCCAGGACAGCGUGAAGCCGCUCACUUCCUGCAGCGUCCAGGAAGUCCAGGACGACAUCCUGUCUGCGGAGGAAGUGCUGCGGGAUGCCAGGGCCUCCAUCUCUCUGCUGCCAACCCUGUAUGAGCUGGGCAGAGCGCCAUCUAGUGCCAGUGCACUGCAAGACAGGCUGAACGACGCAGCCCGGGUCAUCACCAAUGACAUUACUGAAGAGAUUCAGGACCUGGUCCAGUGCAUGCUGGGCGCUGCACAGAGAAGCUGCCCCAGGAUGAUCCAGAGGACUGCUGUCCGGGACCAGCUGGCCAGCUGUGUGUCCAAGAAAUCGAGGCAGGCAGCCAGUUUUGUGCAGGAGACACUGAUGCAGCAGGCGGGAGCUCACAUCAGGAACAAACUCAGCGAGCUCAAACUGUCCAUAAGCGUCACUCUGGCUGAGAGCAUCAUCGACGAGAUUUUACAGGACUUGUCAACGUCUCAGCAGAAACUGGACCAGCAUGUUUCAGAACACACACAGGCCCCUCCAGCGCCUAACGAGAAAAACUCCGUCAAGACCAACAUUCCUCAGCUCCGAGUGGUGGAGAUGGAGUUCCCGACAGAUGAGUAUGUUCCAGGUAUCUGGCGGAACUCCAUUCACACCCGGAGCAUUCGACCUGCACCAUCUGUGAAGAGUUUGCUCGACGUGGUAGCGGAGGCCCAGCAGGAGGACGGGGAGGCGGGGGGCGGGCCGAACGGGCCGUCAAUCAGCCGAGCGCCACUGAAGCUCGGCCCCGCCUACCCGGAGGAUGCUGCUGCUCUUAGCAACAAUCUGCCUCCGCUCUCAGAGCCUGCAUCUCCUCAGCCCCCUAUGGACCUGCCCAUUGAAGGACAGAGACUGAAGCACUACACCCGCGCUAGGCCCAGACCCAACCGCAAGAACAAGCUGCCUCCCAGCAAGCUGCAUGUGCCGGCCGCCGAGGGGGAGCAUGAGGCGACCGAGGACAUGGGCAAGGUGGACGAGGGCGUAGAGGAGUUCUUCACCAAGAAGAUCAUCCCAGAUGACCCCACGAAAAGCCAGCCGCUGGUGAAAGCACAGCCCGCGGAGACCUCCUGCUCCACGCCCCCUUCCGGCUCCAAGACCAUCAAGAAGAAAUUCGUCCCGCCCCCCGCCGCGGACCCGGACACGGGCAGGAGCCCCGACGGCGACCGGGAGAAGAGCCGCACGCCCGACGCGGAGAGGAGGCUGAAGCCGACGCGCCGUUCCCUGAGGGAGGGCAAGUCCCAGUCGCUCAUCCUGCUGCCCGGGGUGGACCAGGAGGAGCCCGCGCCUGGCGGCCAUGGGAAGAAACCUUUUCCAGAUAAAGGCCCUCCCGAAGGCCAGUCCACCUUUGAGCACAGAGUUCACGCCAUGCUGCACCGCAUUGGUGUCGCCAAGGUGCUUCCCUCUGAGUCGAAGAAAGGCCAGAAUAAGGAGGGAGAAUUAAGAAAGGCGGACUCGGAAGGGACCAUCAUGGACAGCAAGCCCGAGCCACCGCCCCCCUUCCUGAAGCCCCGCACCAUGUCCACCUCCUCAGACAUGAGACGGCCCGCGCGACCGGCUGCCGCGGCGGAGUGUCCCGACAGGCCCGCCCCCGCCGCCCCCAGACCCCCAGCGAGGCCCCCUCUCCCGGACCCCGGCGAGCCCCUCCUGAUGCCCCGGGCCUCGCCUGGAGCCUCCAGCCAGCACAGUCCCUCCCCUGAGGCGCCGCCCGCGGAAGGGGACGCCCCGCUGCCCCGCUGCCCGAGAGACGCCCCCACACCCUCCCCGCGCAGAGGCGCCAGCCUGGGCGAGCAGCAGGGCAGACCCCAGCGGACAGCACAGGCCCUCAGCGAAGACAAUCUGCCGAAGCCCCGGCCGCGGAUGAAGCCGUCGCCACACCGGCGCGCCGUGUCCGUCCACGAGGAGCAGCUCAGGGAGCAGGGAGCCCUCCUGGGCCCAGAGGAACUGAAGGCCGCCCUGCCCAGGCUUCAGCGGUCACCGGUAUGGAAGAGAGCCAACCGCAUGGAGCUGCCUCCCUGCAGCGAGGACCAGCCAGGCGGAGAGGGAGCGAUCACAUUUCACUAG